AUAUUCAAUUUGUCGAUCUCUUAACAAUAAUGUCUUUAAUUCAUCGCGUUAAAUACAAUCAUAAAUUGGUGCCUUUUUGUCUUCUCUAUUUUCACCCUACAUUUGAAUUCUCUCAUUAAUUUCAAUUUGAAUUCUCUCAAACAUUCCCAGUUUUUUGUUGCUAGCUUAAUUGUAAUCUCCAAAAUACAUAGUGCCAAUGUGAAAUCAAACUCUUCAAUUAGGAAUAGGGAAAAAGUGCAAUAUCAUCUCAAAGACACAAAAGUAGGACGAAUGGACGGUCAAUAUAGGCCCAACAGACUGUGGAGACUAUGAUGCAAAGGCUAAGAUUCAAAAUGAUGGCCUGUUGUGGAUCCUCAAUCAAUCUAAGGGUCUCUGACAGUACAGUUUGUGAAGAAGAAGCAGCCCAGGCCCAUGAGUCACACGAAACCGAGGAGGAACUACAGCCCAUGAUGGCUAAUGUUGGCCGUAACAUACAGGCCAGGGGUAUAAGUUUGGCCACGUUAUUAGCUGCCGAGCGUCAAUUGCGUAAAGUGGGUCCCAGAAAACAUAAGAAGCCGUUGAUGCGAUUAUUCGAAGAAAUUGACGGCGUGGAUUCAAAGAAGGGCAAGUGGUAUAAAGGAGGGAAUGAUAAUUUGUGUUGCGUGUGCAUGGUGAGGAAUAGAGGUGCAGCUUUUAUUCCCUGCGGGCACACCUACUGUAGAGAGUGCUCGAGAGCGCUGUGGCUCAAACGUGUGCCGUGUCCACUUUGCAACCAUCCGAUCAAUCAAAUCCUUGAUAUCUUCUAAAUCAUUCUCUUCUUUUUUUUUUUAGUUAUUUUUUUUAUAAUAUAAGCAGUAGGUUUGACUUUGGAAUUUCUUACUUAA